AUGGAAUUUGCAGCGACAUGCCACAGUUCGGGAGGUUGGCAAGGUGGUUCAAGAAAACAUGCCUCCAUCUCGUUUUGUCUAACUACGAAGAGGUCAGAAAGCGCCGUGGCAGCCUUCCUUGCCUCUAUUUCUGAAGUGAUUGAGAAGCUGAAGAAACUAGAGGUUUGGAAAAGGCAAGUUGAACAGGAGCAAGCAACCAGCUCUUCUGGAAAAGGGUACAAGAGAGGUGAUCCAAAAGCCAGAGCCGCUGCAAUUAGUGCUUCUCCGCCCAAGACAGUCUUUCCUGCGCUUCCAGUCAUUGCCCAGACUUGGAAUUUGGUGGAAGAGGCAGGGCCUGAGUUCAUAGGCAAAGACUUUGAAGGAGUUGAAGCUGGCCCCGGGAUCAUUCCCCAAUUGGUACUGGACCAAGCUGUCUUUGUGUCCUGGGAUCAGAAGGACGCCUUGCAAAGGGUCAAUUUGUGCUACAGCGCUGGUUUUUUCGCUCGGGCUGCUCUCGAGUGUUUCCUUGCUGAGCCCUUGUGCCCCCGUGACAUAUCCUCUCCUGCAGAGCAUUUCAUUGUUUUGCGUGCUGUUGGCCUCAGUGGACCUGUGCGUUUUGCUUCGGCUGAGCAUUUCCAGAGAUUCAAAGAUCAGUCAUUUGAAGGAGGUUUGAUUGCUCACGGUUUUCAGACGGAAACGGAACUGCAAGUCUUUUGCCAAGGAGGAGACCCGUCCUUGCUUGUCUUCACAGUCCCUGCUGAGGUUUCGUCGGUAGGGGAUGCAGUAGACGUGUAUGCUUUAGCGAUCGAAUUGAGGCAAGGUGGAAUGCUCCUUGCCUUACCGCAUGAUACCUUUUUGCAGCCUACUCUUGAUGAAGGCCAGAAUGCCGCAGAUGAUGCAAUGAUUGGCCCGAAUUCAGUUUUUUCAGUCGGUCUCGUUGAGGAGACCGAGGACCUUACAGCUACAGUUGCUCUAGGUGUUGAGGCGCCUGUUUUGGUCGUCGAUGUCAGUGACGGCAUUUUGUCGUGCUGCCGAGAAUAUGAUCCAGUGACCGACAGCUUGGCUAGCAUUCUUGGAUUUUCGCUUGACUUCCCCCAGAGUCUUCCAGAUGUUCCAGUUUUGCUUACUUUGGUGAAAGAGUGGCUGGUGCAAAGGUCUGAUGAAAGGACAGGUUUUUACACUGCUCAAGAAGACCAGGGUCCUGCUCCGAAGACACCUGCCCCAGCCGCCCCUUCACUGGCUCCUGGGAAAAAGAAUACACAAGCCAAGAGGGUUACGAAUACUAUGAUUGCGGACCAGUUGACGGCCUUGUCUGCUCAGAUGAUGUUGCUCUCUCAGCGUCAGGACCAGUUGGAGAAAGCCGCUUCUUCCUCUGCCGCCGAUGCUUCAGGUCUUUUUGUUGGCCCUUCGUCCAAGUUGCCCGCGGUGUCUGCAGGUCUGCCAAAGCUUGGAGUCCCACAGCCUUCCGUAGUUGCAAAGGCGCUCAACCUAGUUGGACCCCCACCCAAAGUGAGGAUAGGGAGCCCACCGGUAGCUGUUCCAGAUGCGGAGCAAGACGAGCCCUACGAUGCACUUCAACCAAAUGCGGAGGAGUCUGGGAACAUCGCAUUGGCUAUAGCAAGACAGAGCAGUGCAAUCACCACCUUGGUUGCGCACCUUGCCUCCCAAUCAGGCGACGUUUUAGGAGAUCUGACGGCAGGCGGUCCACAUUCGAGUACCACCAAAGGCGUGCACAGGAGGGAAAAGAUGCAGAGCGAUCUUGCCCAUGGAAACAGUUCCUUUUAUUUGCAGAUGAUGCAGCAGUUGCACAGGAGGUUGCACCCAGCCAAACCUGUGCCACAGACGGAAGCAGAGUUGCAGCAGCUGUCCGUUCUGCUGUAUCUGGAGAGGCAGGGAGGUUACAAAAAUCAAAGGGAAAUGGGCCUUCUUGCAUGGAUCGUAGGUCAUGCGCUGGACGCUGCGUCGAGCGGAGACUUCAAUCGUACGAAAGAAAUUCUGGCCUUGAUGAUGGUAUCCCUGGAACAAUCGGUAGUAGAUCGAGGAGAUUGGUCAUUGGCCUACAUGCUCUGCCUGCUGGAAGAGCCCCCGUUGCAAGUAUUCCAAGAAAGGAACACCAAUCUGUUGCACAAUGCUCGUCCCUUCGGGCCACUUGUCCCACCUCAGUGGAUGGCGGUUUGCUUACAGUAUCUGAAAGAUUUGGAGGUCCUUGCAACGAAAAAGAACGAGACAUCGAAAAAGGCAGGCAAAGCUCCCACUCCUGCUCCAACAGCAGCACCAUCAGGGGGCCCAGAGGAGGAGCCUUCCCCGAGAACGAAGUAUGGUGGCUUCGUCAUCGCCAGCUUUUCCUUUGCCAUUGCCGUUCCCCGGCGUUUUUGCAAAGAUGCCUCCAGGUUGGCAAGCCUGAUGCUGGCUGAUGGCCCCCGGGAGUCUUUUGAGACUCUUAGGAGUGGUCGACGUUUUCCCCAAUUAGUUGCGAGACUCUCUGAACUCUCAGAUGCUGUUACUAAACUUGGAGCAGGUGCCAGUGCAUAUGACAAGACCUUUGCUGGGCAUGAAGUUCCUCUUGACAAUAGCCGCUUUGAAGAGUUGGAGCCAUAUAGGUCUUUGAAUGCCAGUCGUUUGAAGGUUGUUGGUGAGGGUUUGCUUGAUGCAACACCAUACCUUUCUCCCGAGCUUUGCAUGGCCUAUCGCUUCCCAGAUGCUCUUCUUAUGGAUAGAAUCCCGAAGGCUUUUGAGUACUCCCAAAAACUUGACCUAGUUGAAGAAGUUGUGGCUUUGGCAAAAGUUUGGGAUGCCAGAGGACUUUUGCACAUCCAUGACGUUGACGUUCAGAAGUGUGCCCGACAUGAGUUGGUGCGUGUCUUCAAUUGUUUGAAAAAUGCACAAUGUGACAGACAAAUUGGUGAUAGGACCAUCGCUAACACUGUUGGACCACGUAUUCCCUUGGAUUUGCUGCGUGAUACUGAAGCCUUGAAAGCCUUUGCCUCUGCGAAAAAUGCCAAGAAGCCGAGAAUCCUUAGGUCUGCUGGUCUCUUGCAAGAUGAGUGUCGUAUUGAGGGCAGCCGGCCUUUCAUGUCCCUUUUGCAGAAAGCAUUUCAUGUCGUUGACGUCUCGACUUUUGUUGCAUCCAAUCCAAAGUUGGUACCUUUGUCCAGACCCGUUGUUACCGAACUGGUCCUGCUUAGCAUUCUUGCCCCCUUGUGUGUUUCAGAUAUUGCAGUAGGAUUUUGUGACCGGCUUUUUGCAACUGAUGCAUCGCUUGCCAAAGGUGCCAUAGUCAGUUCUGAAGUUAGCCAGCAGGUCAUCGAAAGUCUUUGGAGAACAUGUAGGUCAAAAGGAGGCUAUUCCAAACUUCUGACACCUGUGCAAAGUCUCCUUUCCAGAUGCGUUGACUUUGAGGAGAUUGAGCAGCAUGCUGAUGAGGUGGUAAAGCGCCCCUUGGCUUUCAGGUUUGAUUUCAUUGAAGUCUUUGCUGGAGCCGCUACAGUCACUGCUCAUAUGGCUGCAAAAGGCUUCUCGGUGGGCUGUCCAAUCGAUCUGAGUCGUGACCCUGAGCUCGAUAUGACCAAAGUACAUGUACUUGAGUGGUUGCUGCACCUAGUGAUGAACCAAUAUGUUAAAGCAGUCAUGGUCGAGCCACCCUGCACAACCUUUAGCAUCAUGAGAAAACCACCCUUGCGUUCAAAGCUUUUUCCAUAUGGUUUUGAUUUGAUGGACCCACAGACGCAGAUUGGGACCUUGCUAGGGUAUCGAGCCUUUCAGAUUUUGAAGGUAGGUGCUAGGUGUGGUAUCACUGUUGUUCUGGAAAACCCUUGGUCAUCGAUGAUUAAAAAUCUGCCUCCUUGGGAGGAGCUUCUUGGCCAUCCGGAGUGUGAGCUUGUGCGCUGUGACUCCUGUGCCUAUGGAUCUCCACACUUGAAAGCGUUUGCUUUUUUGUGCGUUUGGGCUGAUACCAGUUUCAUCUCUCUGCGCUGCUCAGGAGGACAUAGUCACGUGCCAGUUCAAGGGGCCCUGACCAAGAAGUCCGCCAUCUAUGUGAAUGACCUUGCCGAGGCUCUUGCAAAUGUCAUGGAAAGUGGCAUCAUCAGGUUGGCAAGAUUUGAAAAGGAACUUGUGCCAGAAGAUGCCCUAGGUCUUGAAAGCCAGUUGAUCAACGAGCUUGCUCUUUCCAGUACCUGGACUUGUGAUGCAGUUUGGAAUUUCAGGAUUACCGCCCAUAUCAAUCUGCUUGAGCUUGAAGCUGUUGUACGUCUUGUGGGCCGUCUGAUUGCCAAAGGUAUCAGCAAGCGUGUCGUCGUCCUGGUUGAUUCUAAUGUCAUUAAAUGUGCUGCUUCUAAAGGUCGGUCAUCCUCACGUGCGCUGGCAAGGGCACUCGCGAAGCUGGCUGUUUUGUCGAUUGCGGGUGGCCUCUACCUUGUCUUUGGGUUUUGUCCUACUCGUCUUAAUCCUGCUGAUGACCCGACCAGGGAAGUGGAGUUGCGGGGCUCUAUCCCGGGCAUGGACUUUGCCGCUUGGGACCGCUUGGAUUUAUAUCGACUUGCCUCCCUUCCAAAGAUGCGUCGUUGGGCCUCGAAUUGGGUCAGGUUGGUCCUGUGUCUUUUGGGGCCGGCCGGCCUUGGUCUCACUGACCGUUCUGUCCAUCGUGUUCCUCCUUUUCCCUAUGGUUUGCAUGUUGCUGCCUCUGCUCCUCCUGGCGUGAAAACCGUGCCUCCGUCCAUGGAUUUUGACUCGACAUUGGGCUAUCCAGGCAGACCUGUUCUGGGGAUCACAUCUCAGCUGAGGGUCUCGCAUUUGGAGCAGUUCAAGUCUUGGCUUUUUUCUCUGGGUAUUUCUUUGGAUGAUAUGCUGGAGCAACAUUUCACUCGCAUUGACGAGCUUAACAAGAAUCUAGUCAGGUAUGGUCGUGCCCUGUAUGCUUCAGGAAGGCCUUACAACCAUUUUGCUGAGACCAUUAAUGCUGUAGCAUCACUGAAGCCGGUGGUGAGGAGGCAACUUCAAGAGGCGUGGAAUCUAGCUUUCGCUUGGCAAAGAGAUGAGCCCUCGGUACAUCACAUUGCAAUGCCAUGGCAGAUUUUACUGGGAGCGAUCUCGACAUGCCUUUUUUGGGGGUGGCUGGAUAUGGCCGGAAUGCUUGCCUUGUCGUGGGGUGCGUUGUUGAGGGUGGGCGAGAUGAAGAUCUAUGCUUUGUGCGAUUCUUUCUUGGCUACAUUGGAGGGUGCUGAGACCUUUAAAUCUGCUGAGAUACCUUUGACAGUUUUGCCUCAAAGUGAACCAGUUCAGCAAGAUGAGGAGGAAGAGGAGGGAGUCAUGGAAGUCUCGGAGGCGCGCAGGGAUGACCGGGACUUUUGCCAACAGUCAAGGAAUCUGAAGGUGGACAUGAAAGCUUUGACGGCAGUGACGCUGGAUGGUAGGAACAUGUACAAACAUAAUUUGAACUUUGCCUGUUCCAGCAUGGCAUGCUUGUGAUAUAUCAAUAUCAUCUCAAAGAGAUGAAAACACAGUAGAAAAUCAAAUUGUCAAAUUAAGAUCGGUUGUCCAGUUGUGCAAUUUAGAAGCUGUGGGGUUUCAGUGGAUGGUUGCAAAGAUCGUUUACCAAGUUGUGG